UGGGGUUCAGGAACGAUGCAGCCGCCAGCCGGUGGGGCCGUGCCAGGGCGAGGUGGGGCUGAGGCAGGCGGGGCGGUGGGUGUCAGGCUGCGCUGCUCUGUGCCCGCCUGCAGGUCGGACGUGGUGGUUCUCUGCUUCUCCCUGGCCAACCCCAACUCCCUGCGCCACGUGAAGACCAUGUGGUUCCCGGAGAUCAAGCACUUCUGCCCACGGACGCCCAUCGUGCUGGUCGGCUGCCAGCUGGACCUGCGCUAUGCUGACCUGGAGGCCGUCAACCGUGCCCGGCGCCCGCUGGCCAAGCCCAUCCGGCCCACAGACAUUCUGCCGCCGGAGCGGGGCCACGAGGUGGCCAAGGAGCUGGGGGUGCCGUACUACGAGACGAGUGUGGUGGCCCAGUUCGGCAUCAAGGAUGUUUUUGACAACGCCAUCCGGGCUGCCCUCAUCUCCCGCCGCCACCUGCAGUUCUGGAAGUCCCACCUGAAGAAGAUGCAGAAGCCCCUGCUGCAGGCGCCCUUCCUGCCCCCCAAGCCGCCCCCACCUGUCAUCCACGUCCCAGAGCCCAUCUGCAGAGGAGGCCAGGGCCCCGCAGCCCUCUUCUCCACCUCCCUGUGCGCCGACGUGCUCUUCCAGCUGCAGGGCGGGCACCGGGUCUUUGCCCAUCGCAUCUUCCUGGCCACCUCCUGCUCCAAGUUCUACGACCUC